AUGGAACAAAACAUUGCGCCUCAAGACAGGUCAAGUCCAGUCGCCGGUAAGAUUGCUGUUGCUCGUACUUCAAUGCCGCUGUUUUUCAGUAUCGAUCAGGUUCUUAAAGGACGCAAAUCAACCUACACCAUCGUCAAGGAACUCUACAGGGCUGUAGACGAAGGUGCUGUAUAUCUAGCCAGGUAUGACCUCACUGUAACCGCCCCACCUCGUGUUUGCUUGUCUUGCCCACGAACUCCUUUUAAUUUGAUACUGGAUCAAAACGAAAGCAAAUGUAUUGUUAAGAGCGUUCGCGGCCAUUGGCGCCUACAGAACGAAGCCAAUGUUCUCGAACGCUACCAGUCGAAAACCCCAUUUCUUCGCCCUAUUAUUGAUGAGAUUAUAAGGCCUACCGAUCCACCGUCCCUUAUUCUAAGGCAUUUGGACAGUGAACUUCUUACUGAAUCAAAGAAGAAGCGAUUAACGCGCCCUGAAAUCAAGCAAGUAGCUCAGUGUAUUCUUAAGGCCCUCCUUAUCCUCCAUAAGGAUGGAAUGGUCCAUACAGAUUUGAAACUAGACAACGUUUUUGUCAACUAUGGUCAAAACAAGCAGCGCUUCUCAGAAAUUCAGCUUGGUGACUGUGGGGGUGUAGUCUCCAAAGACUCAAGCUUCGCUAGAGAGGGCCAUCCCAUUGGUGCUACCUUUACACGUAGCCCAGAAGCUCUAUUACAGCUUUCCUGGGGUACAUCAACUGACGUCUGGUCAUUCGGAAAUGCAAUCCUCAGCCUUGUGCAUGGAGGUGGUUACCACCACUUUGAUCCUGGCUGGGAAGGAAUUAAACCAGAACAUCAGGACUACGAGAUCACAGUUCUAAAGAGAAUGUACCACGCACUUGGCCCGUUCCCACCAUCAAUUGCCGAGAUCCUUGACCCCGAAUCCUUCGAGGUUAUCCACUUCCUUAAUCGGCAAGGACCUCCGCAAAAGCCACUUCAACAGUGGUCGACGAAGAAGAUCCCUUCUGCUGAUAAUGAUUUCAUAAGGCGUAUAUUGAAACUAGACCCUCGGGAUAGGCCGACAGUGGGGGAGAUUCUUGAGGAUGAAUGGUUUAAAGAGGAAUCGGAUGAUACUCGGGAAUCUAUACCUCAGGAUGCAAACAGUUCAAUAGAUGAGGUUGACAACUAG